ACAUGAACCCAUUAAGGAUCUUUUAGAUGCUGUCAAGGCUAUCAAGCCGACAGUUCUAAUUGGUUCAUCUGGAGUGGAAAGAACAUUCACAAAAGAGAAACCUCUCAUUAUGGCUCUCUCCAACCCAACCUCGCAAUCUGAGUGCACAGCUGAAGAAGCUUACACCUGGAGUCAGGGACAUGCAAUUUUUGCCAGUGGAAGUCCAUUUGACCCUGUCGAAUACAAUGGAAAACUCUAUCUACCUGGCCAGGUUCUAUUACUUUAUACUUCCAUGAUCAAUGGAUUUGGUUUGGGUUUGGUCAUCUCUAGUGCAAUUCGUGUAUACGAUGAAAUGCUUCUGGCAGCCUCAAAGGCUUUGGCUGAGCAAGUAACAAAAGAGAAUUUGGACAAGGGUUUGAUAUAUCCACCAUUCUCUAAUAUCAUAAAGAUCUCUGGCCACAUUGCUGCUAAUGUGGCUGCUAAAGCAUAUGAACUUGGGUUGGCAACGCGUCUCCCUCGGCCUGAUAUUCUGGUGAAGUACGCUGAAAGCUGCAUGUAUACUCCCAAUUACAGAAGCUUCCGAUGAAUUGUUGAAUUGUGAGCAGAAACUAUGGCUAGUAGUUAAUGUAGUGUGUUUCUUCAGAGUCUUAUAUAUUCGUGUUUGGUGUCUCUCCUUUUCCCUCUACA